AUGCGUCAUCUUGCAGCGAUGAAGUACCAGACGCCUGGGGCACACGCCAUGUCGGAUCGCCGCAAUCCGAAUCCCGAGCCCGCUGAUUGGCCUGAGCAACGUGACCUCUAUACGGAUGAUAUUCAAUGUGAAUAUGUACCUAGGUACUCGCAAUGGAAUAUUCUGUUCUGCAUUGGACUUACUCAUGUACUGGGGCAGCGACCAUCUGAGCUCCGUAUCCAAACGUCCAGUGGAGCGGUACAUGGCAUCUACAAUGACACCGCGACCACCGUCAGAGGCUUUCUCGGAAUUCCAUAUGCGGAGCCCCCAAUUGAUAAACUACGAUUUGCGCCACCGCGAGGAAAGUCGCCCUCGUCAUCUCCAAUUGAUGCCUCGUCAUUCAGCAAUCCUUGUCCCCAGACGAGUAGUUGGUCCAACGAGUCAAUUCUCAAUGUCCUCCCGUAUACUUUGUGGAAUUCAGCGGCAAUUUCGGAAGACUGUCUUUAUCUCAAUGUGUGGGCCCCUGCCGCAAAGCACCGAGAAGCGGAUAGAAAGGCAGCUGUGAUGGUAUUUAUCCACGGCGGUGACUUUGGAUUUGGUGGCACAUCAAUCGCCUACUACGAUGGCGUCAACAUCGUGCGCGAUAACAAGGAUAUCAUCGUGGUGACUAUUAACUAUCGACUGAAUGUAUUUGGCUUUCCGAAUGCCCCUGGGUUGGAGCCUUCAAAGCGGAAUUUAGGAUUACAAGACCAAAGAUUGGCAAUCGAGUGGAUCUACGAUAACAUUUCACAAUUCGGAGGAGAUCCGGAACGUAUUAUACUCUUCGGACAGUCUGUCGGAGCAGCUUCUGCAGCCAUGUACUCAUAUGCUGUAAGGGAGUUUCAUAUUCCGUCACUGAAUUCCUUGUUCCAACUUGAAGAAGCUUACCUGAUCAAUUGUAUCCAGUAUCCAAAUAAUCCGUUGAUCAAAGGGAUCGUUAUGCAAUCGGGGACAUAUACCACAGGCCCUAUAUCUCGACAUGAGAACAAUUGGAACCGUCUCUCGAAUGAUGUCGGUUGUGGAUCCGCAGUAGAUUCAAUGAGCUGCAUGCUAGAAUUACCAAUGAGCAAAAUCGUCGACACCAUGGCCACUGGAAAUUAUACCUUCCUUCCGACCGACGAUGGAUUGACCUUUUUCACAGAUUUUCCAGCCAGAGCCAGGGAAGGAAAGAUAGCAGACUUGCCAACGCUAGCAGGCUUCAAUGAGAAGGAAUUGGCGUUCAUAUAUCCCCUGCACGCGAGUUCUAUCAACGAAUCGGAAGUACGCGAGGAUUCUCAAACGGAGUUCAAUUGCCCCAUUCUCGAAGAUUUGCAGUUGCGACUCGACAAUGGUAUACCCACUUGGAGAUAUCUAUAUCAAGGGAACUUUCCGAACCUGAGCCCGAAGCCCUGGCUCGGUGCUUAUCACACUUCCGAGAUACCUCUCGUUUUCGGGACGUACAAUGUGUCAACGCCAUACUCUCAACCUGCAACCAAAGCGGAGAUUGAAACUAACGCAUGGGUUGCAUUUGCCAAAGAUCCUCGUCACGGGCUAAGCAAGUAUGGCUGGCCACAGUUCAGUUCUCAGAGUCAGUACAUUUUCUUCCCUAUGCUCUCAGGGCUAUUCACUUUCGAGUCAUCUAUAAAUCCGGGCCUAAUGUAG